AUGUUCUCCAGCAGUUUCUUGCAUGGCACGCACUCGCAUUUCUUGAGAGAAGCGUUCUUGAUGAUUCUGGCCGGUGUACCACUAGAGGUGGAGAUUGGCACGUGGUUUUUCAUGGUGGUCUUCCUGAUCUGCGGAGCUGUGGGUUGUAGUUGCAGCUGGCUCACUUUGCGAUGGACCUUGAGGCGGAACCCGGACUUCAGCCAGAUGCCACGCGAACAUGUCGAUGCCAUCGCCAAUUUGUCCAACAGCAGAGGAGCCAGUGCUUGCGUAUACGGUAUCGCUGUGCUGGCCGUCCUGUUGGUCGGUGAUCAAGGACUGGCGCAGUUCUUUGGAAUUUCACCAGAAACUGGCAAUGGGUUGCUGCUGGCGGCUAGGUUCAUCCCAGAAAUCUUUUCUCCCCUCAGUACGAGGCUCCGAAGCUAUCCUUUGCCCUUUGGAAGUGUCUUCCUGGUUCUGCUCCUGGUGGCUUUCUCCCUUCCAGCUGAGCUCACUGUGUCGAAUUCCCUCCUCUUUUGGUUCUUCGUUCACUGCUUCUUCCGCGCCUAUCCUUCUCUGCUGGCCCUGGGCCCACCGCGCGAGUUUGCCGCCACCGACUACUUGGGCCACAUCUACGGUGCCCUGGCAGCCCUGCUGCUGGGAGGUUGGCACCUUCUCAGGCGGCUGACCGUGGGCAGCCCCCAUCUGCAGUCCUGGCUGGCCUUGACCGUGCUAUAUCUGAAGAUCCACUGCCGAAGAUCCACGGGUUUUUCCCAGGGCUCCAGUAGCUCCCUACUGCUGGCGCCCUGCGGUGUCGACGGCGUUUCCAGCGGCGGUUUCGCGCGCUUCGCGGCAGAGCCGGAGCGCUUGCGGCGCUUUCUGCGGGAGGUGUUGGAGGUGGUGGAGAAGGUGGAAGGUCAUGAGAACUACCACCUGCGCCUCACAGCUGGUUCCGCACCGCCUUCCGACCUCGCAGCUCAAAACCCGGAGGAGAUGGAGAAGCUGAUCCAACGGGCAGGUUUCUCUGUGUUUGUCUUCGCAGAUGCGGCCAGAAAGCAAGAACCCGCAGAUGCCGAUGCCCUGUUGGAUUUGGAUGCCCAGAUCGACUAUCAAGAUGCCUCUGGGAAGCAUGUGAAACUUCCCAUCACCUCCCGGGACAUCACCGUUCUCCAGGGAGAUCUGACGCGCUGUGCGCUGGAUGCCCAGGGACGUCCAAUGCUGGUGGUGGUCUUAGAGCGUUUCGUGCAAUUCCAACGUGACUGCACCGAUGCCGAGCUCUUGGAAUUGUGGAGCCUGGCUUCGAAGGCCAUGGACGUCACCGCGCCUGGCCGCCAGGAGGGUGACCUCUUCCUGAACAUGCGACUGAAUGCUGGGACCUUUCAAAACUGCCGCCAUUUGCACCUCAAGGUGUACGUGGAUAGCGUUCUCUUUGAAACCACCUGGGCAAGCCAUCCUGGAUACCAAGUACUGAAGAAGUACCGAGACGAGCGUCGCACUCAGGGAGGCCAGCGAGGCCAGAGUCGGAAGGCGUCCAACGCUGACGCAGCUGACGCAGCUGACGCCGGCGCAGUGGAGAAAAAAGGCGUGUACAGCACCGGGGGCCACGGCGUGGCUGAUGGAGUGGUGAGACCGCCGGAGUUGGCGGAUCCGCACGUGCGAGGAGCCAGCAGUGGUGCCGACAGUGCCGGGAAGGGGUCGCAAGCCUCUGACAACGGCGGGAAAGGGAGGAUGGUGGGCCGAGGGCGAAGCCCAAACAGUGAGAGCAGUACACCCUCGUUGAUGCCUCCCCCCGUCGUGGCAUCCCAGGCCUGGUCCACGGAUGAAAGCAGCGGAGUGGAGGAGGGCGAUGAUCGUUUUGGUGACGAGCCUCGGAGGACUAGUAGUGGCUACAUGAAGCGUCGCAGAGCCUCCAGAGCUUCAGCAUCAGGUGACCUAGUCCACAAAGGUGAGCCUUCGCCGUCGCCUCCCAGUGAUGCCGUUCGAGGGUCCCAGGUCUCCAGACAGAGAGCCUCGUUCCUGGAGAGUCUCAGUGAAGGGGUCGCCAACCUUUGGUCCUUUGAGCCAAGGGAAGCGAGAACACCGCCCUCUAGGGACUCAAUCCAAUCUACGGUUUUGGUGACUCAGGAGGGUGAGGAGAAAUUCGUAGAUGAGGAAAAGAAGGAAGCCAUUGAUGAAGCAAAUGGCCAUCGGGGAAGCCUUUUCCUGGCAACGGAGCUGGCUCAAAGCUUAAAAAGGCUCUCCUCGGAUCUUUCGGCAGGUGUGGCAUCGAUGGCGCGACAUGCACCUGAGGCAACGUGGACGGGUGUUCGUGAUCACGAGAAUCUCAGCCCUGCAUCCCCCAACGAUGACAGGUCCUGCUUGAACCUGGACAGCCUCAUGAAUGAGGCCCACCUACCUUUUCGCCAGCUGUUGCAAGAAAUCCCAGACCCGGAGAACAAUCCUGGUGGCAUUUUGUCUGCUUUCCCUCAGCUAAAGCGGCUACAGGGAGCAACUCAGGCGCCAGAGCUCCAAGUUGACUUGGCGUCCGAGUCAGGCCAUAGGGAUGAUGCCACCAGCGCAGCCAGCUCGACCGUGGCGAUGCAGGUACAAUCCCCUCUAUUUUCAGCAGUGGUCAGGGCAAGGUUGGCUUCCCACCUGAUUGGUUGCUAUGAAUCAGUGACCAGUGAACUGUCUGGGGACGAAAUCCAGCUGUGGGACAUUUUCGUGAACAUGGACUACACGCUGGCAGGUUCCAUGACAGUGAGCGUCGACACAGCAGGCGACGGGAUUCUGAUCUCAGCUGACAUGGAGCUUGCCAGUCGUCGUGAGUCUUCUCUCCAGCGAAGAGCUGCUGCCGCUGUUAGCGCUGCGAAUGCUGCCAGCUGCGCAGACGACCUGAUGGAGGAGAUGUUGGAAGAAGCUGCUGGGUCUGGAACUGGUGGGUCUGUUGGAGCUUUGACUGUUGAAAAGAUGGACAUUUGCAUCGAGGAGGUGAUGCAGCUGAAACGCGGUCCGCGGAUGAGUAGCUUCCAGGCACGGAGUUCCAUCAUCUCAACGGCGCCCAGGUCGCCGAGGUCGCCCAGGAGUCCACCUCCGCCAUCGCCUUCAGACCUGAGGGGCCGCCAGUCCUCAGCGCAAGCGAUCGCUUCAGGAGAUACGGUGGCCUUCUCGACUCUUCGGGUUUCGAUGUGCAAAAGUUCUGGCAGCCAAAACUCAGGCGACCGUCCCUCCUUUCAGACUGGCGUGCCUGCGCGGCCGCUUUCCAAACGGGGGUUUAAAGCCAUGGACCUGGACGUGGCCCGGAGAUUACACGCCCAGCAGGUGUGCAAGGACAUCAAAGCCAUGAAUGAUCCAGACAUGAAGCCUUUUCUGCGGAUGGUGCAACAAUCUCGAGCAGAUAGGGUCUGGGAGCUCUUGGACGAUCCCAGGUCCAGCAAGGCUGCUUGGCUGAUCUCACAGUUCCUGAAAUUCGCGGUGGUGUUUUCGGUGGGUCUAACCACCUACUCCAUUAGCGAAGAGGUCGUACUCCAGGGCUUCUGGCGUAGGGGGGCCCAGAUCACCUUCGACGUGAUUUUCUUUUUAGAGUUUGCGCUUCGCUUUUUUUCGGCUCCAUCGAAGAAAUCAUAUCUUUCAGAUCCGUUGAACUGGGGCGACGUCUUAUCUGCCAUGGGUCUACCGGUCCUGUGCUUCAGCGGCUUCGCCCAGUCCGUGCCGGAGACCAAGACGGAGCUGCGGGUGCAACAGUUCUUGUUGUUGUUUUUGCCCUUGGCGCGAUUCUUGAAGUUACUUCGAUAUUUCGAAUCUUUUCGGUUGUUGGUGGACGCUUUCGCCAAGUCUGCAGAAGCUUUGCCUGUUCUCACCUACAUCAUGGCCUUCAUCGUGCUGCUGUUUGGAACAGCCAUCUAUGUGCAGGAGGAUCGCAGCAACAUUCCCAGCAUGCCCCACAGCCUGUGGCUGGCUUUGGUGACCAUGACCACGGUGGGAUAUGGGGACUAUUUCCCCGUCUCUAUGGGAGGCUAUUGGACGGUCUCUGCCCUGACCUUCGUGAGUGUACUGUUCCUUGCGUUGCCAGUAGGCAUCAUCGGGCAUGAGUUCAAUGUAACCUGGCAGAAGCGUGCAGAAAUGCUUCUGAAGACGCGCCUCAGAAAUGCGUUGGCCAAAUUUGGUUAUUCCUUCACGGACGUGGAACAUCUCUUUGAUUUUGCGGAUGAGGAUGCAGAUGGUCAACUACAGCUGAGUGAAUUUAUUGAGUUGAUCCGUCAGAUGAGAAUUGGCGUCAGCGUGGAGACAGCCGCCAAGUUGUUCCAUUUCGUGGAUAGCAACGAGGACGGCUUGAUCGACCGACAGGAAUUUAUUCGAAACGUCUUCCCAGACGAGUAUGCGAAGCACACACAGCAGAUCCAAGAUGAGUCGUUCAUCAGAAGCAAGAGGCCAGGUGUUUAUGCUUUCGAUUAUGGAUGUUUAUUAAUUAGAGAUUGUUUAUCCCAUUAA